GCUUGGCCGCGCUGUCGCCGAAUGAUCGCGUCACCGAGAGCCGAAACCAGCUCUGCGUGCCGCCUCGACCGGGUGUGCCUGCGGAGACGUCAUAGCUCCGCGGAGGUGGGAGUCGAGGCUGGCGGGCUGAGGUGACCAGCUGCCGGGUCGUGGCCCAAACGCCCUUCCUAACCGCACCGCCUGGGGAGGAGCGUGGGAGGGGCGCCGCCGACGGGACCGGCCGGAGCGCUCGGCGCGGUGCUGUUGGAGAGGCUGGGGCCGAGCCUGGCCGCCAGGAAACUCACUCCGUCCUGAGCCCGAGGCCCCGUUCUCCAGGCCUCCUCUAUCAAAGGGGAACUGUCCCUCACCCACCUCAGGACCUCAUGGAGCCCAGAGGGACCAAGAGAGGAGCUGGGAAGAUAGAAGUAGCCGAACCUCGGAACAAACUGCCCUGCCCAGCACCCUCACUGCCCACAGACCCUGCCCUCUACUCCGGGCCCUUUCCUUUCUACCGGCGCCCUUCCCAGAUGGGCUACUUCUCCCUGGACGCCCAACGCCAGUACCAUGGAGAUGCCCACGCCUUGCGCUACUACAGCCCACCCCCCACCAAUGGUCAGGGCCCCAACUUUGAUCUCAGAGACGGAUACCCCCAUCGAUACCAGCCCCGGGAUGAGGAGGUACGAGAGGGCCUGGACCAUCUGCUGCGCUGGCUCCUGGAGCACCGAGGCCGGCUGGAGGGGGGUCCAGGCUGGCUGGCUGGGGCCAUAGUGACAUGGCGGGGACACCUGACAAAACUGCUAACAACACCAUAUGAGCGGCAAGAGGGCUGGCAGCUGGCGGCCUCCAGGUUCCAGGGGACACUGUACCUGAGUGAGGUAGAGACCCCGGCUGCGCGAGCUCAAAGGCUUGCCCGGCCACCCCUCCUCCGGGAGCUUAUGUACAUGGGGUACAAGUUCGAGCAGUACAUGUGUGCAGACAAACCUGGAGGCUCCCCGGACCCCUCUGGGGAGGUUAACACCAACGUGGCUUUCUGCUCUGUGCUACGCAGCCGCCUGGGAAACCACCCUCUGCUCUUCUCAGGGGAGGUAGACUGCACAGACCCCCAGGCCCUAUCCCCACAGCCCCCCACCUGCUAUGUGGAGCUCAAGACCUCCAAGGAGAUGCACAGCCCUGGCCAAUGGAGGAGCUUCUACAGACACAAGCUCCUGAAAUGGUGGGCUCAGUCGUUUCUCCUGGGGGUCCCAAAUGUUGUCGCUGGCUUCCGUAACUCAGAGGGUUUCGUCUGUUCCCUAAAGACCUUCCCCACCAUGCAGAUGUUUGAACAUGUCAGGAAUGACCGUGAUGGCUGGAAUCCUUCCGUGUGCAUGAACUUCUGUGCCGCCUUCCUUAGCUUUGCCCAGAACACAGUGGUCCAGGAUGACCCCAGGCUCGUCCACCUCUUCUCCUGGGAGCCCGGCAGCCCAGUCACAGUGUCUGUACAUCGAGAUGCACCCCAUGCCUUCCUGCCCACGUGGUACGUGGGAGCCAUGACUCAGGAGCUCCCAUCGCCCCCCAAGACACCGUCCCCUAAGGACUGAUAUUUCAGGGGGGCUGGUUCUGUCUCUGUGCAGUUAAAGGCAUAUUUCUA